UUUAAGAAAUGCACAUUUGCUUGUGUUGCAGUGAAUUUUUACAUCUUUCCUAUCUUUGAAAGGGUACAGUUACUGAAUUCAAAGACCCAAGUGACUUUUAUGUGCAGUUAUAUUCUGCAGAAGUUUUAGAAUAUAUGAACCAACUUUCUGCAAGCCUAAAGGAAACAUAUGCAAAUACAGUGCAUGAGGAGGAUUAUAUUCCAGUUAAAGGGGAAGUUUGUGUUGCCAAGUACACUGUUGACCAGGCCAUAAAGUGCUUUGUGGCUGAUGUUAUCCCAGCAGAGGGGAAUUGGAGCAAUGAUUGUAUCAAAACUAUUAAAUCACUGUUAAUGGAGCAGUUCUGCUCGGUAAAGAUUGUCAACAUCUUGAAAGAGGACGUGGUUACCUUUGCUGUGGAUGUUAUGCUACCAAGUUCAGGAAAACUCCUAGACGAUGUGCUUGUAGAAAUGGGAUAUGGCUUGAUACCUAAGGGACAAAAUUUUAAGAAGCAAAGUGCAGUUCAAAGUGAGCCUGAAGAUGUUGGGAAAAUGACAGCUGAAAACAAAAUUGUUGUAGACAGAAGAGACUUAAUCCCAAAAGUGUUAACUUUGAACGUAGGUGAUGAGUUCUGUGGUGUGGUUUCCCACAUUCAGACGCCAGAAGACUUUUUUUGUCAAAAACUACAAAGUGGACAUAAGCUUGCUGAACUGCAGGCGUCCCUUAACGAGUACUGUGUUCAAGUGUCUCCACGCUCGGAUUUUUACCCAACCAUUGGUGACAUCUGCUGUGCUCAGUUCUCGGGAGUAAAGCCAUCAUUAGGAAUUUGGACUCCAGAAGCUAUUUGUCUGAUGAAAAAGACUGUACAGAACACAAUGAUCACGGUGAAAGUGGUGGACAAGUUGGAGAACAGUUCCCUGGUGGAGCUUAUUGAUAAAUCCAUGACACCUCACAUCAGUGUUACUGAAGUUCUCAUAGAUGCAGGCUUUGCUGCCCGGGAAAAGGGGAUAGUGACAGAGAAGCUCAUGAAGGAAGCCAAUGCUCCCUUGGGUGUAGAAGCAAAAGUAAAUCCAUUGGUAUGGACAUGGGUUGCCCUUACUGUUGACCAAACAGUAGAUGUUGUGGUCUGUGUGAUACAUAGUCCUGGAGAAUUUUAUUGUCAUGUGCUUAAAGAGGACGCUUUAAAGAAACUCAAUGAUUUGAACAAAUCACUAGCAGAACUUUGCCAGCAGAAGUUGUCUAAUGACUUUAAGGCAGAAAUAGGGCAACCUUGUUGUGCCUUUUUUUCAGGUGAUGGCAAUUGGUAUCGUGCUUUAGUCAAGGAAAUUGUACCAAAUGGAAACAUUAAAGUACAUUUUGUGGAUUAUGGAAACAUUGGAGAAGUUACUGCAGAUGAACUCCAAAUGAUCCCUUCUGAAUUUUUAACACUUCCAUUUCAAGGGAUACAGUGUUGGUUAGUAGAUAUACAGCCUAGAAACAAACACUGGACUAAGGAAGCCAUAGCAAAAUUUCAGAUGUGCGUUGCAGGGAUAAAACUCCAAGCCCGAGUGGUUGAAAUCUCUGAAAAUGGAGUGGGACUUGAGCUCACCGAUCUCUCCACUUGUUAUCCCAGAAUAAUUAGUGAUAUUCUCAUUGAGGAACAUCUGGUUGUAAAAGCCAGUUCACCACAAAAAGACUUUACAACAAACAGACCUGUCAAUAAGCAUGAUCUUCAGAUUGAAACCCCAGGGCAUCAAGCCGUCUCUUUAGCUCAGCAGUGGAGGACAAUAGAAUUGCCAGUUGAUAAAACUUUACAAGCCAGCAUAUUAGAAAUCAUAAACCCAAACUUAUUUUAUGCUCUGCCAAAUGACAUGCCGGAAGAUCAGGAAAAACUGUAUGUAUUGACAACUGAAUUGUUAGUAUAUUGCAAUGCUCAGACGAGGCAAUCAUCCUAUAGACCGAGAGCGGGAGAUGCGUGCUGCGCCAAAUACACAAGUGAUGAUCUCUGGUACCGCGCCAUUGUUCUGGGGGUGUCGGAGGCCGAGGUGAAAGUGAUCUAUGCGGACUAUGGAAACGUGGAAACUCUGCCCCUUUGCAGAGUGCAGCCGAUCUCCGCCAACCACCUGGAACUUCCUUUCCAAAUUAUUAAAUGUUCGUUCGAAGAAAAGACGAACAGGAUGAAUUGCUGCUGCUCAGAAUUACAGAAACAAGUUGAAAAACAUGAACAGAUUCUUCUCUUCCUCUUAAACAAUCCAACCAAUCAAAAUAAAUUUAUUGAAAUGAAAAAGUUGUUAGAAAGUUAAGUAAGUAAAAUUUGCUGUUUUUGCCACCUCUGU